CCAAUGGUCAGUCGACAGAUACACUAACGGCAAAACUAGCGCCGUUUGUGGUCUCACCCUCCGGAACCGAAAGCCUCCUUUAUUAAAUAAUAUAUCUAUCCCUGACCCCUCUGACGCCACAACCCACCGGCUGUAGGCAGUCAAUGCGACCGGUGAAUGCCAGUUCGCCCAAGGAGACCGGUUAAAAAUUGACCGCAGUUGAAAUGAUUGCCGUAGUUUUGACCACUCUGGUUAAGUCUCGACUACUCCCCCAGACAAAGAGAGAGAAUGAUAGAGCAGAGCGAGACAAGGAGGUAGAGAGAGAAGAAGCAAGAGAAGGGAAAGAGAAUUGCUAAGCUCAACACAAAAAAACCUGUGGUGGUUGCAGAGAGGAUGGAGAAGUGAGAAAGGGUCAAGGAGGGCGAGGAGAGAGAGAGAGAGAGACAGGUGGAGUAGAUUUUCCGUGCAAUUGAGAGUGAUUUUUGGUUUCUCUGUAAUUGUGUUGUUGUUUGGUGGGGGAUUUCUUUGCUCCGAUCGCAAACUGGAGACAUCGAAAGGCCGGAGAUGGUGGAUUAGUGUGGAAAUUUCAGCUGGUUUUCAAGGGAUCUGAUCCUGUGGAAGGUCAUAGGUUUUCGUUUAUGGCGUCUUCCGAGAUUUCGAUGAAAGGUAACAGUGGGAACGUCAGAGGAGAGAGCUUUUCUUCUGCUUACAGCGAGUCUAACGACGGUAGGAAAGCUAUGGAUAGCCAGAAAGGUGCUCCUGUUGCUCAUUCCAGUGCUCCCAUGGACGCUGAAGCUGCGCUGUACAAGGAGCUAUGGCAUGCAUGUGCUGGUCCUUUGGUGACGGUUCCUCGUAAGGGAGAGCUUGUUUUCUACUUCCCUCAGGGACACAUCGAGCAGGUUGAGGCAUCCACCAACCAGGGGGCAGACCAGCAGAUGCCACUGUAUAAUCUUCCGUCAAAGAUCCUAUGUCGCGUGCUUAAUGUUGAGCUCAAGGCGGAAGCAGACACUGAUGAGGUGUUUGCACAAUUGACCUUGUUGCCGGAGGCUAAUCAAGAUGAGAAUGCAGUGAAGAAGGAGUCACCACCGCCUCCUCCUCCGAGAUUUCAUGUACACUCGUUUUGCAAGACCCUGACUGCAUCCGAUACCAGCACUCAUGGUGGGUUUUCAGUGCUUAGGAGGCAUGCUGAUGAGUGUCUGCCACCACUGGAUAUGUCAAGACAACCUCCAACCCAGGAGUUGGUUGCCAAAGAUCUACAUGGCAUUGAAUGGCGUUUCCGUCAUAUUUUUCGAGGUCAACCUCGUAGGCAUUUGCUUCAAAGUGGAUGGAGUGUGUUUGUUAGCUCUAAAAGACUGGUUGCUGGCGAUGCCUUUAUAUUUCUAAGAGGUGAGAAUGGAGAGCUCCGUGUUGGUGUUAGGCGAGCAAUGAGACAGCAGGGAAAUGUCCCCUCUUCUGUUAUCUCCAGUCACAGCAUGCAUUUGGGCGUUUUAGCCACAGCCUGGCAUGCAAUUUCUACAGGAACCUUGUUCACUGUAUAUUAUAAACCAAGGACAAGUCCAGCAGAGUUCAUAGUCCCAUUUGAUCAGUACAUGGAUUCAGUGAAAAAUAACUAUACCAUUGGCAUGAGGUUUAAAAUGAGGUUUGAAGGAGAAGAAGCUCCCGAGCAGAGAUUUACAGGAACAAUAGUUGGGAUUGAAGAUGCUGAUUCAAAUAGAUGGCAAGAGUCGAAAUGGAGAUGCCUGAAAGUGAGAUGGGAUGAGACUUCGACCAUACCUCGUCCGGAAAGAGUUUCUCCCUGGCAAAUAGAACCUGCUUUGGCUCCUCCUGCUCUGAGUCAACUCCCAAUGCCGAGGCCAAAAAGACCCAGAACAAAUAUUGUCCCCUCAUCACCUGAUUCUUCUGUGCUCACCAGAGAAGUUUCAUCCAAAGUUACUGCAGACCCUCCGCCAGCUGGUGGAUAUGCGAGGGUCUUGCAAGGUCAAGAAUUCGCGACCUUGAGAGGCAAUUUCACUGCUGAGAGCAAUGAAUCGGUAACAGCCGAAAAGUCUAUUAUGUGGCCACUGUCUGUGGAUGAUGAAAAGGUUGAAGUGGUUUCUACUGGUAGAAAAACAGGACAAGAGAGCUGGAUGCCCUCUGUGAGGCUCGAGCCGACUUACACAGAUUUGUUGUCUGGCUUUGCUGGAAAUGCUGCUGGUUCCUCCCAACAUGGAUAUUUUUCUUCAUCCUUUGCUGAUCGAAGUUCUGUUCCUGCAAGGAAGCGUUCAAUAAUAGAUCAGGAUGGGAAAUUCAAUUUGCUUGGAGAUCCAUGGUCCUCUAUUUCAUCUGGCCUUUCACUCAAGGUGUCGGAUACCAACACAAAAGCUUCAGGAGAAGGUAGUGAUUAUUUAGGUCGUCAUUCAGUGGGGUCAAAUCUUAGAUACAGUGCAUUUAGUGAGUAUGCUAGGGGGGCCGACCAGUCGCAUCUCAACUGGUUGAUGCCUCCACCAUCAUCAUCCCAGUUUGAGCAUCAUCAUUCCCAAUCAAGAGAAUUGAUGUCAAAGAAUAUUCUGGCGCUGGAGCCUGGCAAAUCCACUGAUGGGAACUGCAAGCUGUUUGGUAUUCCUCUUACUGGCAACUCUUUGGUUCAUGAGGCAGUCCUAUCGCCUAAUAAGAAAGUUAUGAAUGACUCGGUAAGCCAUUCAAAUGGAAACGGUGCCAGCCAACAUUAUCAUCCACUUGAGACUGAUCAGCUGGAAUCAAGGAAUUGCAAAAUAACUGAUGACAGCGAGCAUGAGAAACGAUUUCAACAGGGCCAUUCACGAGACAAUGUUGGGAAGUCUCAAAGCGGUUCAACUAGGAGUUGCACCAAGGUUCACAAGCAGGGGAUUGCCCUAGGUAGAUCAGUUGAUCUGAGCAAGUUCAGCAACUACAAAGAACUGAUAGCUGAACUGGACCGCUUGUUUGAAUUUGGCGGCGAUCUUAACGACCCCAAGCAGAAUUGGAUGAUUGUGUACACCGACGAUGAGGGAGACAUGAUGCUUGUUGGAGAUGACCCUUGGCAGGAAUUUGUUGGGAUGGUCCGUAAGAUUUUCAUCUACACCAGGGAAGAAGUACAGAAGAUGAAUCCAGGGACUCUGAACCCGAAGUGCAGCAACAAUUCCGAUGGAGAAGGCGGCGGCGACACGAAUCACUCGGGGGGAUGCGCGUUACCGUCUGGGUCGGAUAACUGAUAGGUGGGUGGUGGGUUGAUAUAUCACAAAGGCAUCAUUAAUGCGAGGCAGUUGUUGCAGAUUUUUGGGGCUGCUGAUAUAUAUAUAUGAAUAGUAUUGAUUGACGGUGUUAGUUGGCGGAGGAGCAUGCGAGGAGGGGAAAGCGGGUGGCGGUGGGUAUUCUGAUUCUCAGGAUUAGACGGGACCAUAUCAAAUGGUGUCUCUCUAUAGUAUGAGAUGAUAGUAGAUAAGCAAAGAAGGAAGAAAUAUGAUUGUGCAAUGGCCUCCCUCUCUUGCCGGCCCGCUGCUAUGAUAGUAGGGUUGAUUAAAAGCGAUGAUUAUUAGGUAGUAGCAUUGCAUUGCUGUUUUUAUGUAAUCCAAUAUCUCCUGUAAAUAGAGAAUGGGUUUUCCUUGGUCCCAUCUCCUGCCUGGAAUGGAUGUAAAGGUGUAAUAAAUAAAUAGUGUAUACAUAAUACAUAACAUAACAUGGGUGUAGUAGUGUAGAGUGGGUUUUAUUUGAUGAUGAUGAUGAUGUGCGUUCGUUCCCAAUUCUAUCCCCUAAAGGAUAGGGAGUGGUUGGUUGGUUGGAAUGGUAAAGGGAUGGUCCCCUUACUGCAACUGGACAGUAGCAGAGAGCAAGUAGUAGUGUCUCUGUGUGUGUGUGUGACAUCAGACAGAGGCAGAGGCAUAAGCAUGUGGGAAUGCUGGGACUGGGUGGUCCUAAUCUGGUAUGGUAUGGGGCGUGUGAAUAUUGAUGGGUGGUAGGGUUGGGUUGGGUUGGGAUGGACCUAUCUCUGAAUCUGAACGGUCAUAAAAACACACACACCUUUGUUCCUUCGUCUGCUGCUGCAGCAGCUGCGGCCUAGUAUCACUCUCUUUCUCCAUUCUGCCUGUGUGGCUGUAGUAAGCCAUUUUGAUUUUGCACUAGUUGGAGCCGAGGGUAUAUAGUAAUAGUACUAGGAGGAAUUUUACAAUGUUGUUUGGUGUUAUAGGAUUUUGCCUUUAUGAUACAAUUUGAAAUUGUACUUUUAAUGUUACGGUACAACUUCAGAUGAUACAUAUAUUUUUUGUACAAAUUCUUUUAUGGUACAACUUGAACUUGUACCUUUAUGUGAUGGUACAACUUCAAAUUGUAAAGUUGUACCAUAACAUAAUAGUACAAAUUCCUUUAUGGUAUAACCUGAACUUAUAUAUUUAACCUUAUAGUACAAUUUUAAAUUGUACAUUAAAACACCAAUACUUUAUAGUACAGUAGAAGUGCUCAUACUAGUGGUAGGAGGAUGUAAUAUAGGCGGGAUGACAUUGGGAAAUUUUGUAUUAUUUAUUGCUCAAGGAGCGUCGUCGUAUUAGGUAGGGUGGGUAGGACCGUAGGAGUAAGUAGUAUGGAUUGCUGCAUGCAAUCAAUAUUUUUUUAUUUACCCUUUGUUCACGUCAACUGCAUACAACUGUGAUUGCCUAGAUAUUUCUCUUUUUUACUUUACUACCUUUUUAGUAGGGCUGAGAAUCCAGGUCAAACCAUCCGGGAAAAUCACAGGGUUUGGUUUGAUCGCGAGACUCGAAUCAUGGUCUGGUCUGGCUUGUUAUCUCCUCAUUUAGUGUGCGUUCUGACCUGAUUUUGACUGUUAUAAAUUGCGAUUAACCAUGAGAGGAGAAUGUGACCCAGUACUUUCUAAUCCAAACCAACAUAACACCCCGACCUUUGUUUAUGCAUUUGGAAGAACAAUCCGAGCCUGAUCAAUCUGGCCAUGGGGAGUAAACAAUAUGAUCUUAUUAUAGAUUUCAGUACAAACACAACAAAUCUAUUGAUUCUUCAUCCGAAUGAAAAUCAAUAAAUUGC